AUGAAAUACAAAGAAUUUAGUAAUCGUGAGAUAAUUGGUCAAGGAGGUUUUGCUAUAGUACAUAAAUGUGUAUGGGAAAAGACAAAUAAUUUGGUUGCUAUUAAAACUAAAAUAAAUAUACUUGAAUUUAUUAAUGAG